AUGAGUUCGUCUCAAUUAAAACACCGAUUUUCUCGGCAGGAUGUGGUUCACGCAUACCGCCACCUCUAUCGGCAGGGCCUCAAGGCUAUUCGAUAUUCAACUCCCAGCAGGCAUGUCCUUCGCACCUCAUUGCGCGCUUCGUUUCGCAAUUCUCCACCCACGGAAUUCGACUCGAUGAGAAUCGCCAAUACGCUCGGUUUCCUUGAGCGUGCCUGUAAUACAGCAGGCCUUGAACACAAGAUCCUGAAGAACCUUUUACUAUCUCGCUAUUGGGAGUUGCCAAAUAUUGCUAAGGAGAGUCGAGUUUUGCGAAGCUUAGGUCUCGGUAACGAAGAGCAAAAGCUCCGCAAAAGUGCCUAUGACCAGCUAAGCUUGACACUCAAGCGACUCAAUGAGAGUCUAGGCACAUGUCUCAAGUGA